CGGCGCGGCAACACGCGUGACGCGCACGCCGGCGAGCGACACUCGGCGCGGUGUAAACAACGAUACGCGACCAAGUGCCUUUCCCCGCUCAUCGCAGUUCGCACACUACACGUGGAAUGGCGGACACAUUCUGUAAACAAACAGACGAGAACAUUUUGUUAAUAAUUAAUUCGCCGCUGGCACGGUGCCGUGUGCUGGGUGCCGGGUGCCGUGUGCCGUGGGACGCUCUUUUGAAGCGUUCUAGAAAAUGACAAGCACCUUCACGAACAACAAUGGCUCCAGAUGCGGAGGAUUGCGAACAGGUGGAGCGGUUAAAUGCAAACUAUCCAGAAGUGCCCGUACACCAAGGCAGACGGAUUCUGCCAGAAGUGCCGCCGCCGGCGCAAGCCUGGACAGAGAACGAGGAGUUGGGCCUCGGAAGCGAUAGCAGGACCAACAGUCCUGGCGAGAACAGGCGACUCCUCGGAACCAAGCCCCUCCAGAAACCCUCCUGCCGUCUCCAGGCCGGUCUCACUUUAGGAGUGUGGGUCGUCAAAAAACCGAAAUGUUCGUCACUAAAGUCUGGAAUAAAAACGCAAACCAAAACGAAAUUUCAGAAGAGAAGGGAGAAGUUAAAAGAUGUUCUUAGGCCUCCCUACUUCAUCAUCACCAUGCUGUUCCUUAUUGUAAUGGUGCACCUCUGUGGUCCGGACGAGUUGCGCUCGAAGCUGGAGUGGGCUCCGGAGGCGUGGUGGACGGAGCCCUGGCGCCUGCUCACGUACGGGCUGGUGCACGCCGGCGCCGCGCACCUCGCCAUCAACGCGCUGGUGGCGGUCACUGUGGGCUGGCACCUGGAGCGCGAGCAGGGCUGGGCGCGCGUGGCGCUGGUGUGGCUGGGCGGCGUGGCGGCCGGCGCGCUGGGCGCGGGCGCGCUGCAGCCGCGCGUGCGCGUCGUGGGCGCGUCCGCCGCCGUGUACGCCUUGCUCACGGCGCACCUGCCCAACGUGUGCCUAAGAUUCGGCCACAUCCCCUUGUGGUGGUUUCGGCCGCUGAGCGUCAUGGUGCUGGGCGCGUCGGAGGGCUGCUGGGCGCUGGUCCGCACCCCCGACCCGCAGCUGUCGGCCUCGCAUGUGGCGUGGGCGGCGCACGCGCUGGGCGCGGCCGUGGGCGUGCCGCUGGCGUUCCUGGUGUUCACAGGAGAAAAUUCACAUAAACGAAGCGUAACAGUGUGUAGAAUAUCGUCGGGCCUGCUGCUGGUCAUGGGAGUUGUAGCUGCCGCUCUUUACUAUCGCUUCUGGUACGAGGUCGAUCCGAUGACUUGACAUGAGAAGAUGAUGAAGUUUAGGAUUCAUUGAUUGUUGACUCCUUUCGUGAGUGUCAGGAGUCUGUUGAGUACUAGAGAAACUGGAUUUUCCUCCCGAUGCUUUGAAAUGUGGACACGUGUACUUCAUUGAAGAUAUCAAAAAAAAUUAGAUGAUAAAAGAUCUAUAGUGGUCCCAACGCGAAGAUAUACCAGAUGUAAACAAACCGAAUGCCAGCGUGAGCCGUGCGGCAGAUAACAAAUAAACAAGAUAGAAAGAGAUAGACAUACUUUGUUUGUUCCGUCGUUGCUUCGUGUACAUGACCACUCGUGUUUACCUCUAAUAUUUCUUCUCGUUGAAAAUAGUAUCGUUGAUGAAUAAAUGAAAGGACGUUUAGAUGCACUGUAAGGAUAGUUAUUCUGUAUUGGUAAAAGAUCAUGAAAAUGGAAACAUCAGUUUAAACGAGCUUACAAAUACUAAACAUUAAAAUUAAAAGUAAUUUCUAAAAUACCAAGUUGACUUUUAGUAAUAUUUAGGUACGUGCAAUAAUGCUAACAACGAUGAGCAAAAAAGUCUUCCAAAGCAUUUAAUGAAGUAAUAAUAUAAACAUUACUAUAUACAUAUAAUAUGUUGUAAGUACUUAAACAGUAAAGUACGUUUUCUGAUGUCAAUGUGAUUUUAUUUAAGAAUAAGAAUAAGAAUAAUGAAAUCUAAUUAUGAUUGGUGUUGUAAAUGUGAUAUAACAAUAGAUUUUAAUCGAUAGAUAACUUUAUUGUUGAAAGUAAACUUAAUACGUUCAAUGUAAAUAAAGCAUUUGUUUAUUCGGGCUCCAUGAAGUUAUCUAUCGCAACUUCAACUUUUAAUAAUUUGCAAUUUCUAUGAAAUUAUUAAGUGUCAAACGUUUUGUAUCAAAACAUUUAAAAAAUACUUAUUAUUUAGGUAACUAUGUAAUGUGAUAAUUAUUGUCGUUUAUGUCAUUUAUGAAAGGAAUACGGAAUUGCAAAUACUUCCCCUUUACUGUUCCGAGACUUAGAUUUAAAGAAUGCGUUAUGGAACGUAACAAAAGGAAGGAUUCAUCCUUUCAGAAUGAAAAGGUUUGCAAAAUUGUGAUAAAAGAAACUUAAAGCUACGGACAACCAAAGAGAUUAAGUUUAAUAAUCUAGUCCAUUUUGAUACGAAGUCACGUAAUGUUAUAUUUUUAAACUGUUGAACAUUUUUAAUAAUUAAGUCUAGCAGUGUAUUGUAUAAGUAUUUCUGAUGUAUAACAUAUCAAAUAUUGUUUCAUUUUACUUAAAAUCGUAAUUGUUAAUGGAAGAUUUACUUACCUUUUUACCGUUUUAAGGACUGUUAUCCAAUAUUAUCAUUUUAGUGAGUAAAAUGAUACCUUCUAAAGUGUUCUUAGAUUAUGGAUUGUAUAAAUAGAUUUACCUUUAUCCAAAUUUUAGAAUGUUUCAUUUGGGUUAAAGUUUUAAUGACGAAUUUUUAAGUUUUGCGGUACUUAAUAUAAUAAGUGUACUAUUAUUUAUGAAGUUCUAUGUUGGCAAUAUCAUUAAGAUCAGCUGUUAAAUAAAAGUCAGUUUUGUAAAAAGUA